AUGGCAGCUAAAGUUUUGAUUCCUGAGGAUGAUCUCUGUUGUUCUGUAUGUUGUGAUAUUUUUAAAGAGCCUGUUGUCCUGAAAUGCAUGCACAGCUUCUGUAGAGUGUGUGUGCGGCAGUACUGGGAAGAGAAGAGCUCUCGAGAGUGUCCCAUCUGCAGGAGAAAGUCCUCUGUGGAAGUGCCUCCCGUAAACCUGGCCUUAAGAAGCAUUGUGGAGUCGUUCUCAAAGCAGAAGAGUGAGAGUGAAAUGGCCGACAAGAGUAACACUCACUGUAGUCUUCAUGGGGAGAAACUUCUCUUCUUCUGUGAACAUGACAAAGAGCCUCUGUGUGUCGUCUGUCAGACUUCAAAAAGACACAGAAAUCACACGGUCUGUCCAGUGGAAGAAGCCGUACUGGAUCUGAAGGAGGAAAUCAAGCCUGAACUUAAUCUUAUUAAAGAAAAACUGAAGAGCUUUACUGAGGCUGAACAAGAAUGCAAGAAAACAGCAGAACAUAUCCGGAGUCAAUCCCAGCACACAAAAAAACAGAUAAAGGCAGAGUUUGAGAAGCUCCACCAGUUGCUGCGAGAGGAAGAGGAGGCCAGACUAUCUGCACUGAAGAAGGAGGAGGAGGAGAAGAGUCAGAUUAUUAAGGAGAAGAUAGAAAACAUCACAAGACACGUCUCCACCCUUACAGACAAAAUGACAGUUAUAGAGAAGGCCAUGGACACAGAAGACACCUCCUUUUUAAAGAACUACAAGAACAUCAAGGAAAGAGCCCAGUGCACACUGCAGGACCCAGAGCUGCUCUCAGCGGCACUGAUAGAUGUGGCCAAACACCUGGGCAACCUGAAGUUCAGAGUCUGGGAGAAGAUGCUGGGGAUGGUGCAGUACACUGCUGUGACUCUGGACCCUAACACUGCAUCCCCCAGGCUGUCUGUGUCUGAUGAUCUGACCAGUGUGAGAGACACUGGAGUUCACCAGCAGCUUCCUAACAACCCUGAAAGAUUUGACAGCUGUGCUGAUGUUUUGGGCUCUGAGGGAUUUAACUCCGGAAAACACAGCUGGGAGGUGAAUGUAGGGAACCAACCUGCUUGGAAGAUAGGAGUGGUAAAAGAGUCAGCCAACAGAAAGAGUGCUAGCCCAGAGGACAGCCGCUAG